UGAAAAUACGUGGACAUACCGCUGCGCUCAGUAACAUGUUACCGAGAACGAGCAAAUGUCACCCAGUGUUAAGUUAGGUUAGCUGGAACUCAACGGUCCGGACCGGCGAACCCACAGAAGGCCGAACACCUAGCUCUGCUAAUACGACGCCGCUACACCCAAGCUAACGCUAGCCACUGACAGAAGCUACAAGUAGCAGCGGAAAGCGCUAACAGGGCUACAAGCGCCGCAUUUCCUUGACAGCUGCGGCAUUUAUUCAUGCAAACAAUUAAUGACGCAGUCCACCAUUUAGCUACAAGUUCAGCAACUCACCUCAGGAAUCACAUAUGAAGAUCUGCUAGCCUGCUAGCUAGCUUAGCUAAAGUGCUUUAGUGCGAUCUUUCUCCUUUUGAGGCAUUCGUCGAGGCUACAAGAACUUGGACGCCUGAGCGGAGAGUCAAGUAAGUGGCAAAUGAUGAAAGCACAAAUGAAAUAAUAAGCUACCGGUUUGCAAAUAAGCACUAAUGGCCCAAGUGUAAAUCCCUAAUGUGCAGAAGAAUUUAAAUUUCAAAGCGCUGUGGAGUCAGUCGGUUGACGGGCGGCCAUUUUGUUGCUCAGCAUGUAGCGUCUCCAAUGGGCAGCCCGAAGCAGCUGCGGAGAAGCCCUCUGACUGGCUGGUUCCCGUCAGGAGGGAUGAGGAAAACACGCUUCUUGACCUUCAUAAACUUCAGACUAACUUCACGCCGCUGCGCCCUGCAUCUCAGGUGAUCUGGGCUUGAACAAGAAACCACAGUAGCGUAACUUUAUCUUGACAGGAUGGGUCCGAGGAAGGGGGCAGCGAGGAAGAGGAGACAUGAAGAUGGGGCUUUGGGAGAUGAAUCAGAGGCUCAGAAGACUGGGGAGAAGAAGAUUGGUGAGGAGAGGGGAGGGAUGCGAAGGAGGAUCAGUGGAAGCAACAAAUACAUUGGAGCCCAUGUUGGAAUUCAAGGUGGAAUAUGGAAAGCUGUAGAGACCAGUGUAGAGAUGGGAGGCACCAGUUUUGCACUGUUUCUGGGCUCUCAGCGGUCCUGGAAGAGGCCUGCACUGGACCAGAAAACUGCAGAAAAGUUUCAGGAGCAAUGUUCCCUACAUGGUUUUGACCCAGCUCACAUCCUGCCUCAUGGUUCCUACCUGAUGAACUGUGGAUCUCCCAAAGAUGAUGUAUUUGAGAAGAGCCAGGCCCUGCUGGUGGACGAGCUCAGCCGCUGCAGCCUCCUGGGCCUGAGCCUCUACAACUUUCACCCUGGCUCCUCCCUGGGUACCAUCACCACUGAGCAAUGUGUGGACAAGAUAGCAGGAGCUAUUAACCACGCUCACCAGCAAACACCUGCUGUGGUCACAGUGUUGGAGAACAUGAGCGGCCAGGGCAGCACAGUGGGCGGAAAGUUCUUCGAGCUUAAGAGCAUUAUAGACAAGGUGAGAGACCAGAGGAGAGUGGGAGUGUGUCUGGAUACCUGUCAUGCCUUUGCAGCGGGUUAUGACCUGGCUGCAGAAGGAGGAGUGACGGCCAUGCUUGAUCAGUUUGAUCAGGAAGUUGGGCUUCGCCAUCUGAAAGCGGUUCAUCUCAACGAUUCUAAAGGUAAGCUUGGCUGUAACCUUGACCGACAUGAAGAUAUUGGUAAAGGCAACAUUGGAAUCUCAGCGUUUCGAGACAUCGUGAAUGAGCCGAGACUGGACAACAUCCCUCUGAUACUGGAGACGCCCGGACGCUUGCUGCGUGUUGGCAUGACCUUUAGUAGCUGGACAAGGCAGGAAGCUUGAGGCAGAGAUAAGUUGCAGGCCAACCAGAUUUAUUCACCGACAAUGAACAGGUAAACAAACAAAAAACACCUGCUUUAUCAUAAAACGGGCAAACAGAAGCAUAUAUAAACAAGCAUCACAAAAUGCCUAAAAUAUCCAAAUACUUUAUUUAACAAACUAAGUUUGUUUUGUUCAGGACUUUGUCUGUGCUGUCAAAGGUCAAAAUAAAAUCCUUCUAUUUGUUUCUCAUCUUGUAAAUAUUUCAUUGGUUGAUAAUAAUUAAAACUAAUUUAUAUUUCAGGUAUGUUUCAAUACAAGUCAUGAAGACCUUUAUUACGCACCAUGGCAAAGAGACUUCCUGCUUGUCAAAAUAAAAGCAUUUCCUGUUGUGUUCAGUCAGAAAUUAGACAUUCUCACCGAUGUGCCUCACUCAUGUUGAACUGGGACAUGUUUACUGUGUAAACUCAACAAAGACUUUAAAUGGAGAUCCAGAUCAUCGUUUCCUUAUAAUAUCCAUUUCUGGGUGAGAAAAACACCUUCCUAACCCUUUAUAGUGUAGAACCUGGAGAAUAAGGGAACAAUAUGAACACAGUGACUAAUAGGGAUUUAAUAAAUCAUUACCAAGCUAAAUAAAUACAAACAAACGCAGUGUUAUGUCAUAAUUUGGGGUUGUUUGGUUUCUGUUUUUUUUCCAUAUAUGUUUC